GCUGUUGUACUAACUGAAAUAAAUGAAUCUGCGGGCUGCUCACCUCUGGCCUGCUUUUACCCGACUCCUGGGGACUGUGUGGUGACUCCAUGCCUCCUGCUCCCACCACGCUCCUUCUCUCAGAAUGAAUCCACAACAUCUGGUGCCCAACAUGACUGGGAGACAGUGUGUCAGACUUGCUGAUGUGUCAACAACAUGGAACCAGGAAAUCGAACAAGUAUUUUAGGAUUUUUACUCCUGGGCUUUUCUCAAGACUCAAAGCACCAACCUCUGGUAUUUGGUUUGUUCCUGCUCAUGCUUGUGGUCACGGUGCUUGGAAACCUGCUCAUCAUCCUGGCCAUCGGCUCCCAUGCCCGCCUCCACACGCCCAUGUACUUCUUCCUCUCCAACCUGUCCUUGGCUGACAUCUGUUUCAUCUCUACAACCAUCCCAAAGAUGCUGCAGAACAUCAAGACUCAGAGCUAUUCCAUCACCUUUGCAGGCUGCAUCACUCAAAUGUACUUCUUCAUGGUUUUUGGGGGCAUGGACACACUUCUCACCUGGAUGGCCUACGAUCGCUUUGUGGCCAUCUGCCACCCCUUGCACUACCCAGUCAUCAUGAAUCCCCGUCUCUGUAGCCUGCUGGUUCUUGUAUCCUGGUGCAUCAGUCUGUCGUGUGCCCUGAUCCAGACCCUGUUGAUGCUGAGGCUGUCCUUCUGCACCAGGUGGGUAGCUGCACACUUUUAUUGUGAACUUGCUCAGGUCCUGGUACUUGCCUGCUCUGACACGUUCAUCAAUUACACCCUGCUCUACGUGGUGACUGCUGUUCUUGGCUUUGUUCCCCUCUCAGGGAUCCUUUUCUCCUAUAUGCGAAUUGUCUCCUCCAUUCUGAAAAUUCCAUCGACUGGUGGAAGAUACAAAGCAUUCUCCACCUGUGGGUCUCAUCUAACUGUGGUUUCUCUGUUCUAUGGGACAGGCCUUGGGGUGUAUCUCAGUUCUGACGCCUCGUCCUCUUCCUGGAAGGGCAUGGUGGCCUCGGUGAUGUACACUGUGGUCACUCCCAUGUUGAACCCCUUCAUCUACAGCCUGAGGAACACGGACAUUAAGAGAGCUUUACAAAGUCUUCUCGGGUUCACACUCCAUGUUCAGUGAUUGGAACAUCGUUCCUGGAUUUGGGAGCUGCCGGAAGUCACAGCAGUGGGACAAAUAUAUGCCGCCUCUGAACUGUACAGAGUUUUGAUGCUUACCCACUCUGUUUCUCCAUCUUUGGUCAAAACUACCCUGUGAGUACUUGGUGUGAAGCGUAUGGUGAUUCCUGUUACCCUUUUUCUACUCACUUCUUCCCUUCCCUUUACAUUUUUACAUUAUUACACAUUGGUUGGAGUUUGCACUCCUGCAUGUCAAUACAAUCAUUCAAGUGAGAUUCAGAAACUACUGCUUUUAAGUGAAUUCACUUUACCAUUAACCAGAGCUGUUUCUUACCAAAUUCAUUCACUCGACAAUAUUUACUGGAAUCUAUAGUGUACCAGAUCUUCUAGGUAACUGGGAUACAGCUGUGAAAAAAUUUGGGCGAUUGGAUACUGGGUACCAAAAUAUAGUGAGAGAGAAGUAAGAAAUUCUAGUGCUCUACAUUACAGUGGGGUGACUAUCAUUCACAACAGUAUUUUAUGAAGGAGUAGAACACAAGAGCUUAUAGGUUCCAAAUACAAAGAAAGCAUAAGGCAAUGGAAACCUAGCUACCUUAUGUGAGCGUGUUGUCUAUAUGAAUUAAACAUUAUACUUGGGGCUGGUGCAGUGGUGCAGUGAGUAAAGCUGUUGCCUGUGGUGCUGGUGUCCCACGUGGGUGCAGGUUUGAAUCCUGACUCUGAUCCAGCUCCCUGCUAAUGUGGAUGUUGUAUACACUGCCAGAUAUCACUCAGCUGUAAAAAAGAAUGAAAUUCUGUCUUUCACAACAAAAUGGACGCAACUGGAAAUCAUCAUACUUAGUGAAAUAAGCCUAUCCCCACAAGACCAAUACAUAUGUGUUUCAUGAUCUGUGAUAACUAUUAUAGUACACAAAAUGUAUUGUAUGAUUAUUUGCAUUGCAAUAUGCAUAAAAUUAUUCAUGUACAUUAACUGUUGGGAGGAAAUGGCUUAAAGUCUAAAUGAACUUAAUUAUCUUAUAAACACACAGGAAAUAUUUAGGUGUUACUUUGUCAUUGGUUCUAUUUUACUGAAAAAAUUAUGAAUGAUUAAAUGACAAAAAACCACGAAUAUGGGUGAAAUGGUCAUUUUUCCAUUCAAUUGUUGUUUAAAGCUAUUAUCUAUAUUCUUACUAAACUAUAUUCUUUUUGCUUUUUACUUAAGCUUUAUAUUCAGUGAAGUAGUAAGCCAGUGUACUGUAAUGUAAAUUUAAAAUAUGUCAUCUCAAAAACUAAAAACAAAGAAAGGUAAAAGGAAGGAUGGUAGGAAGGAGGGAAAAAGGGAGGGAGGGAGGAGGGGAAUUUCAUUAUGUUCUUAGCCUUACAUCCACAAAUCAUAUUGAAUCUGUUAAAAUUAAUUAAAAUUAAAAUGAACAUAAUAAAAGACCUUUGAAGUCUUCCCAUGACCCACUUUACCUCCCUCCACUUUCUCACCCUCCAAUAUACCCAUGAGCAUAGGCUCAUAAGAUGACAUAUUCCAUUUAGAUGACACCUCAUGGUUCUGUUUAUUCAACAAGAAAUUCUCAUCUGCUUUAGGAUAGAGACCCUUGGGAGAUCUGACCACAGGAGAGCUUUAGGCUAAGCAGAAAAUGCUUAGGUUUCUGAAGGACCUUCCAGAGAAUUAGGAAACCUCAGGGUUACAGAUUCUGGCCUCAAUGAAGGGGAAUUUCCACAGUGCCUCCAGGCAGCAAUGGAGAACUCUGGCUACAGCCAGAGAUUUCUCUCUUCUUGAUUAGGCCUCUCUGCAAGGUCACCAGGUUAGAAGCUUGGAGCUCUUAGCCUUGGCCAAGCCAGUGAUGGCUCUGAGGGCCUCCCAGUCACUUCAGAGUCCUCAUCUGGACCCAGAUUCAGUUCCCAAGCUUUCUAUCAUCCACAAACAUCAUUCAACACAAUGAUGCUGGGGCCAGUAUUGUAGCACAGCAGGUUAAAUCACCAACCCCAAUGCUAGCAUCUCAUGUGACUGCAGGUUCCUGUCCUUGCUGCCCACUUCUGGUCCAGCUCUGUGCAACUGUACCUGAGAAGGCAGUGGGUGAUGACCCAAGUGCCUGGGCUCCUGCCAUCGGUCUCAGUGUGGAGACCUGGAUGGAAUUCCAGGCUCCUGGCUUUGGCCUGGCCCAGCUCUAGCAGUUGUGGCCUUUUGGGGAGUGAACCAGGGGAUGGGUGAUCCCUGUCUGUGUCUCUGCCUCUCUGUAACUCUGCCUUUCAAAUAAAUAAUUUUUUUCAGAAAAAUGAAAAAUAGAAAAUACCUCCUAAGUGCUAGUUAUUCUUUAAUGAUUCAGAUAGCACCAUGCACUAAUGCCAUCUAUGGGAUCAGUGAUAAUGUAUGAUUUUGUGUAUUUGGUCCAAGUAUACAUAUUAAAUCUUUUUUUUGACAGGCAGAGUGGACAGCGAGAGAGAGAGACAGAGAGAAAGGUCUUCCUUUGCCGUUGGUUCACCCUCCAACGGCCGUGGCAGCACCACGCUGAUCCGAUGGCAGGAGCUAGGUACUUCUCCUGGUCUCCCAUGGGGUGCAGGACCCAAGGACUUGGGCCAUCCUCCACUGCACUCCCUGGCCACAGCAGAGAACUGGCCUGGAAGAGGGGCAACCAGGACAGAAUCUGUGCCCCGACUGGGACUAGAACCCGGGGUGCUGGCGCCACAAGGUGGAGGAUUAGCCUAGUGAGCCAGGGUGCCGGCCACUUAUUAAAAUUUAAAGUAGACCAGGUCCUGGUUAGGAUCAAUAUUGGACAAGAAUUUUAAAAGGUAGCCUGCUUUUUUGAGUAUGCAUCUCGUUUCAUAAAAGCACAAAAUCAGAAAAAUGUUGAAAAUUUAUGAAGAUGAAUGGAGCAUAAAAAAACUUUCUCAUUAUGAACACUGCAUUUAAUAUAUUUUUAAAGAUUUAUUUAUUUGGAAAGCAGAAUUAUAGAGAGGCAGAAUCAGAGAGAGAGAGAGAGAGAGAGUGAGUGAGUUAGGUCUUCCAUCUGCAGGUUAACUCCCCAGUCGGCUGCAAUGGCUGGAGCUGCACUGAUCUGCAGCCAGGAGCCAGGACCUAGGACCUUCUUCCAGGUCCCGCAUGGGUGCAGGGGCCCAAGCACCUGGGCCAUCUUCGACUAUUUCCCAAGACACAGCAGAGAGCUGGAUUAGGAGUGGAGCAACGAGGACUCGAACCAGCGCCCAUAUGGAUGCUGGCACUGCAGGCGUUGGCUUUACCCGCUAUGCCUCAGCACUGGCCCCUGAAUUUUAUAAAGUCCAGAUAAUGCACCCCCAGCAAUCAAUAGAAAUGAUCAAUAUUUUAUAUUUGGGAUUUUUUGCAUAGUAUUUGAAUAAAACAGGGCUGAAAGUUAUUUUCCUCUGAUUAGGAUGAAAGGUGGAAUGACGCUGUUUAUAUUUUGUCUUAAACAUUUUACUGCAAUCAUGAACUUAUCACACAUAUUCCUGUUCUUCUAACACUCUUUAGCUGAGUGACUCUAAAGUUAACUAUAUACAGGAAAGAAAAUGAACAAUGAAACAAUGCUAAGAAGGUUGAUUUUUUUGCCACUAAGAAAUAUUGCUGAAAUGUAUGGAUCUCAAAAAUAGAAACCUUACUUGUAAAUUGCUCUAAUCCAAAACAUAGACACAGGGCUGGGUACUGGAUGCUUAUUUCCUUUUCUUUUUAUUGUGGAACUUGCAUUACGAAUAUAUUGCUCUGCUGACAGUCUCCUGUGAGACCCUCUUGUGCUCUCUACUUAUCUUCAUUCUUUCCCUUUGGUUCCUUUGAUUUUGUAAUUCCAGGGGCUCAGUCCUUAAGCUGACUGACGUUUCCUCUCUCAUAGAGUGCUCCUGAGCACUAUACUGAACACUUCACAUACCCACCGUGU